AUGAUGGAGUUUGAUUUAAAAGAAGUAUUUUCAAUUCUUGAUGAAAACGACGAGGGACAAAUUCAAUUACGUCGCUUUGUUGAUGUUGCGAAUAACUAUUAUUCAGAUGCAGAACAACUUGCUCGUAUUACAAAAGCAUUAGAUCCUACUAAUACUGGUUUAAUCAAUUUUGAUCAAUUUUGUCAAGGUAUUGCUCAAUUAAGUUCAUUACAAGGUGUAUCAUUGAAAGACGUUGCAACUGAUUUAUCACGUCGUAGUCGAGAGAAUUCAUUAGCAGAAGAUUCAGAUCAACGAAGUUUGAAUCAAGACGGUAGUACAACAACUUUUAACGAAUACGACGUUGAAAGUGAUGAAACAUCACAUAAUAAUAGUAGCAAAACACAACCAACAGUUAAGAAUACAAAUAGUACAGUAAAAAAUACAAAUAAGAAUAAUCAGAACAGUUAUCAAAAUAAUCGAUCAAGUUCGCCAAUAUUGGAUUCAUCUGCAUUCGGUGAUGAAGAAGAAUUUAGUGGCGUAGCUGAAUCAGAUUCUAUUACAUAUACAUCGGAUUUAAUACAUCCACGUGCUACUACACCCCAACAUAAUCUUUCUCAAUUAUCGAAACGAAGUAAUUAUUUACAACCUAUUCAUCCAUCGGAAGAAGUCGAACAGCAAUUACAAGAAACGGUUGAUGAAUUACAAAAAACAGUUGAAGUUUUAACAGAACAAAAAGAAACAACAGUUGAUCGUUUAGCAAAAAUUCAAAGUGAAAAUACAGAUUUAAAAACACGACUUUUAGCACUUGAAGAUCGUUUUCACGAUCUUGAAGGACAACAAGCGCAUUCAGCCCAAAGCGAACAUCAAAAAUACGCAGAAUAUAUUACUCAAAAAGAUCGAUCAUUUUUACAAGAAAAAGAAAUUCUACAAUCAAGAAUUAAUGCUAUUGAAGCUGAACUUAAAGAAACGCAAUCGACGAAUGGACAAAUGAAACAUGAUGUCAAAAAAUUAAAAGAUAAACUCGAAGAUGUUGAUAUACAAUUUAGUGAAAGUCAAAUUCGAUGUAAUGAUUUAGCAGAAGAUAAUGAAAAACUACUGGAACAAUUACGUCUUCAACGUCAAGAACUUGAAGCAGAAAAAUUAACCAAUGCACAACUUGCUGAACAGUUAACAUCUGAAUCAUCUCGUAAAAUGUUUAGUCAUACGAUAAAUCGAACGGAAAAUAUGAUAAAAAGUUCUGAGAUACGUAUUCAAGAUCUUGAUGCACAAGUUCGUGCAUUAAAAUUAGAAAAUGAAAAACUAAAACAGGAAAAUGACGAAUUAAAAGAACGUGCUGUUGUAACUGGUUUUCAUGAAGGUCGUCGAUUAAUGGCUAAUCGAGAUUCAUUAUCAUAUGCCGCUGAACUUGAAUUUCUUUCAAAAGAUGAAUUGAUGAGCAAAUUGAGAGAACAAUUUCUGGUCAAUGAUCGUCUACGUGAAUACAUCGAACGAAUGUUAAGUGUAAUUAUCGAAAAUAAUCCUCAAUUACUUGAAAUUACAGCUAAUAUGCCUAUGGGUAUGCCAACAUAUCCAUCAAAUAAUCAUCGAAGACAAUCAGUCGUAUUAUCGAAUGAAAUUGAAAAUAAACCUACUCCCGUUGAACAACCAUUGACAUCAAAUGAAUCAACAGUAAAUGAUUCAUCAACGACAUUAAAUACAAACAAAAAUUCAAAUGACAAGUAUUGCCGCCUCUCUUAA